AUGUGUAGAACUGCAAUCUGUGGAAUUUGCCGUAUGUAUUUUACCUCACUUUUGUUUCAUGUCGUGUGUUUGUGUGUGCGAGAGAGAUACAGGCAAGAGAGAGAUUGACUAACAAAUUUAUGUUUUUAAUCUAGAACACAAGUCUUGGACUGGUUGUGGAAAACACGUGGUUGAAAUCAUGGACACCUCGCCCAAGGACGGCUGGUGCACUUGCGAGCCAUUGGAUGAAGAAGAAGCGAUCUUCAUUGAAGGUCACGGAAGCUACCCACCAAAAGCCGGCCAGGGCUAUAGACGAGGAAGCUCGGUCAGCAAGUAG